GGGGGAGUUUCGGUGUUGGGGUUGUGGCUGGGGCAGGUGGGUGGUGCGCGGGUUCCUCUCUGGCCUCCUCGGCAGCGCCGUCGGGCCCGCGGGGGCGGGAGGUGCCGCCUGGCCUCCCCCAGCCUGGCGCGGAGCCGAGCCGCGUCCGCAGCGCGCUGCCUUCGCCUGGACGGCCGGCUCCUCUCCCCGUCCGCCCCGCGGCCGGCGCAGCUCCCCACGCCCGGCCGUGCCCGCCUGGUGGGAGGAAGCGGCGGCUGCCUCCGGGCUAUCCCGGGGAGCGCUGGGUGGGGGCACCGGGCGAGCUGCCCCGCUGCCCGCGGCGGGAGGCGUUUGCUGCAACACUGCACUACAACCCAAAGCGGCUGUAAACAAGUGCCGAGUGGCAAACUUGAAAGAACAAGGAAGAAAAAAAGAGACCUGAUAGCUUCAACCCGUGAACUUAAAUCCUCUACUUCUCUCUGAAAUAUAACUUGAAGUGGCUUGGACUUGUUUAAACUGGAAGAUGUGGAGUGGACUGUUACCUCCAGGAAUGAAUGAAAGCGAUGUUGACUUAAGUUCUGAUGAGGAAGAUGAAUCGUGUGGUUCCUUAUCAAAGGAAGAUGCAAAAGAAGAUGUUGAAAAAGUUCAGCUUUCUGAACUCCAGGAGAAUGCACCUGAAAGCGGUGCUGUCAGUGAACCCAUUUUGCUGUCAGUGGCAGAUGGAGGAGACAAAUCUCAAACAUGCCCUUCUGGGGUUUCUUUAAAUAUGUGGAAUAAAUUUCUGGACCUUCAGAAGAAAAACCGUGAAAUGAAAACCCAAGCAAAUCAGGGAAAUGAAAACCGAAAAAGAAGGCGCCGCAGAAAAGAAAAACAGAAAAAGAACGAUGAAGUGACUAAGAGUAGUCAACAGUUGGCAAAUGAAGACAAAUGGAAAGAACUUACACAAUACUUUGGAAUCAAUGAUAGAUUUGAAUCACCUGUGGAUAGCAGGGCUCCACAAAAGUCUGGCCUUGAACUUAGCAUAGAGAAGUCUGUGGCUGAAGGUGACAUUGAUAAGGCUGAGGAGCUGAGUGAUAGACUAGCCAUUCGUGAGCUUGGUGUGAAAAUUGCCAAAGCUGCUGCUUGCCGCAACUUUGUAAAAGCCAAACAAGAAGCAGAGGCUGCCCAAGAAGCUCGUAAGAAAAAGAAGCUUGCUUGGGGAUUUGAAGCCAAGAAAAGAUGGGAAACAAAAAGCAACAUGGGAUACAUGUAAUUUGUCCUGUUUUCAUCAAGAGUCAGAUGCCUGUUAUGACUUGAAGAAUCAUUGUGGGCGAUAUCUUAAAUCUAAACACAAAAACGCCCCCCAUAACAAACUCCAACACAUCAAAUUCUUUGUGUUUAUCUUAUUGCUGUUAGAGUGGGGUAUCUUGUUUUGGCACUCUCUUAUAAUGUAGCAAAAAUAAUAUCUAAACAUCAAUACUAUGUUAAAUAGUAUUUUUCUCCAAAAUAUGAAAACCUAAGAUAAUGCAUUGUAGAAUGCAUUUGGAGUCUUGUAGAAAACUCUUUAUAGUUGGAAUAAAAUACUUGGUCCAAAAGUG